AUGGGAUCACCACUAUCCCCGGUGAUUGCAAAUAUCGUCAUGGAAAAGUUGGAACAGGAGUGCAUGGUGAAACUGGAGGAGAAGCAAAUACGCAUGAGAGUAUACAAGCGUUAUGUGGACGACUGCUUGUGCGUAGCCAGAAAAGACCAAAUUCAAACGAUCGUGGAAGUAUUCAACGAGUUUCACGAACGUUUGCAAUUCACGGUGGAAGAAGAAGUUGAUGCGAAAAUCAAAUUUCUCGACAUGAUGUUGGAACGAGAAAAUAAUAAAAUAACAACAUCCUGGCUUCCCAAACAAGCCAACGGAAGAUAUUUGGAUUUCACAUCCAAAAGUCCGUUCCAGCACAAACAAAACACCGCGAUCGCGCUAAUAGAUCGCGCAAUAAAAUUGUCGUGCGGCGAGAAACGAGAAGAAGCUCUGAACCAAGCCACGCGGAUCCUGGUGAAGAACAACUACCCAACGUGGUUCGUGCACAGGCUUAAAGCUUACUCCCUAACGAACCAAACGAGUUUGCUCUAUAGAGGUCCGAAACUGGUCCGCUCCUGUGACAACAAUCUUUAA